AGAUAAUGAUUGACAAGCUCCUUCAAGAAUUCGCUGAAGAGAAUUUUGGGGACCUAGAGGGAAACUUUUUUCCUGUUGUUUAUGGCCGAAUCCAAGAGAUAAAGUUAUUUGCUCUGUUGGUUAAGGAACAAAGAGCCUUUUAUGAACGUCCGUUUAAAAGAUAUAAGCUCACAACACUUGCAGGACUAGAAGAAUAUGUAGCUGAUGACAAGGACAAAUUUCUUGAAUCCCUGAACAAACACAUUGGAAAAGACGAUCCUGGAAUAGUUCUAAAGAAGGAGAACGAGGAUGAUAAAGGCGCUUCAAGGUAAAUAUAAUUAAGCAUAUUCCGUUAGCAGCUAGGCUGAGUGGUCAACAUGUCGAACAUUCCAUUUAGGAAUCAGGGGCAGCCAAGGACAGUUUUCUGUAAAGUGUUCGGAGAAGCAAAAAUUGCCUAGAAUUUGCCGUACCUCGAGGAAGGCUAAGUAUUUCUAGAUGACCGUUCCAUUUAUGUACAAUUUUCGAAGCUUAUCUACUGAUAAAUUCCCUACGAUUUUCUGAAGUUUAAUUUUUCGCGUUUCACUCCCCAGAUUAAGCUAUAUUUGCAGAAAAAGGAAACCUAAAAUUUUCGGAUUCGAAAAUGUGCGCGAUGGGAAGAGGAAUCAGAAAAAUUCUCACUCUCUUCGUUAAAAUUUGAAUUUCAUCUAAAACUUUCUUCGGGAAAAUAAUACCGAGGCCCUGGUAAUCAUAAUUCCAAAAGUUGCCCUAGGACGACAGAACAGAUUCAAAUUUGAUAGCGCCAAAUUGGAAUGCAUUCCUAAAGAUCUAUAAAUUUAAAGUACUCUGGAUAGCCUAAAAAGUGUUUUCAAUGCAUUUAGGAGAAAAUCAUCGUUGGUUGCCACUGAGGAAUCCUGCUGGACUUGUCUCACGCUCUGACCACUGACUGAAAUUAUAAUCUCUUCACACCCGAAUUCGCUUCAAUUCAAUUUGAGACUAUUUGGCUAGAUUACGUGUCACAGAGUAAUCUUCUGAAGGUAGAGCAGCUAAGUGUAUUUCCUCUACAAACCAAGAUUAAUAUUUUGCAUUUUCCUGAAUUCUGAUAAUUAAAAAAAUGCUGCUUUAUUUGUAGACUAACAAUUCAGUGGUUCAACCGGAGCAACUGGGAGUAUGUAAAAUGUCUAAUAAUUCCUCAGUUAGCCCAUGGGUAUUUACUUCUGCAUGAAACGCCUGACUCUAACCUUUGGGAUAUAGGUCGGGCAAAUUAAUUUCAGUAAAGUAUUUUUCCUGAGACAUUUUUGAACACUAAAUUAUGACUCUCUGGGUUUUUUUUAUUGUGGGAUCCUUUGGGUCUUUUCCUCAUUCUUGCCUCAGUAACUGUCAUGAUUCCUAACCGUUUCCGUCAUCGUUUGCGACAUCCACUCAAACUUGUGACCUAAACUGAUUCUUACUCGUUUCUUGCUCGUUGAGUGUGACCUUGCUGAGGCUGCUAACCCUUGGUGGAGUUGUGCCGCACUGUUCUCAAUUUCUGAUCCCUUUUCAGACAAAAAUGUGUCAUUUCCACACCCAUUUUCAGACCUGGUUCCUAAAAUCGAUACCCGUUUUAAGACUUAGCUUUAAUUGAAAGCCAUUAUCGUUUUGCGAACCCAUCAACUUGUCCUUGUGAAGUCAGCAUAUUAUUUGAGCCUUAUUAACAUCCUUUCGUCGUAUUUGACACUGAACAUUACUUCAGACAAACAGAUGUUGAUGCGCUAUUGGCUCCCUUGAAAAGGUACCAUACCCAAUUGAAGAGUUCAAUACGACCUAUACGUAUAGAGGGUCCUCAAUAGGGUUCUUUUUAUCCCGUCCUGCAGACCCAGAUUUUUGCUCAGUCCCGUAAUCCUGAUGGUUAUUUGCGUCAUUUGGUCAUCCUGCUUUUUGUGCACACUUUCAAUCCCGAAUCUCGACUCCAUUUUGCUUUGAAAUCCUAAGUGCAGAACUUCAUAUAAGAUUAAUCCCGAAAAACCUUUUGAGGAACCUCAGCAUACCCGUUUUCAGACCAAAAACGGCUCAUAAUCCUACUCAUUAGGACAGCACAUACCUACAUAGCUCAUAUACGUAAAGAAGCAUCCCCGAGGGGGGGGAAGACGGGGAUGACAACCCGACAUUCGAAAUCUUAUACUAGUAUUUUGCACUUCUUAAUUUAGCUCAGCAGAAAUUGGAAUCAGGGCAGCUAAUUGUGCCAACGCAAAGAUUAAGAUUAGUGAAGACCUCGGAUUCCUAGAGCUGGGUAAAAUUGAUCAAGAUUACAUGAUUGACCCGGACGUACGUGCUCUAUUGGCCAAUACAAAACUGGACAUCAAUAAAGCAGAAGUCUUUCAAGACAAAAAGUUGCGUUUGAUAACCUCAGUAGUUUACAGUGAGCGAUUUGAGGUUAAAGGCAACAGAAUGAAAGAGGUAUUUUACCAUUUGAUAUAAUCAUUCCCAGAUGAUGAGUCAAAAGAGAUUCGUCCCAUGUAAGAGAAUCCAGAGAUUCCGGAAUCCAGGAAAUUUUUUUCUUAUGGAGUCCGGAAUCCUGGGCUUUAGAAUUCGGAAUAUAGCUUAAAGAAUCCGGAAUCCUACUAAAGAUUGGAAUCCAGAAUCCAAAUUCCACUAAGAAAAUCUGGCAUCCAGUACCUGGAAUCAGGAAUCCAAGACUGUUUUGGAUUCCCCUAUGAAAUAAACGUUCAUAGUCACCCCCCCGCUACCUCCCCAAAAUAACAAGUAUAGGCCGCGAGGUUCUUAUUUGAAUGUCCCCCCGGUGUCCCCGUAGGAAAGUCUUAAAAAAAACAAAAAAAUGGAGUGUCCAAUUUUAUUUUCAGCCCCCACGUUUAAUUUCGCUCUGUCGCCGCUGUGUAACCAUAUAACCUGGCCAGACCAUACCAUUCAAUCAAAAUCAAUAAUCAAUAACUUCAAUAAUAAUCAAUAAAAAUCUAUAGCAAUAAAUUGAUUGAUAUUGAAAAUCAAUAAAAAUCAAUGCGCAGUCUUGAGUGGUUUUCGAUUUUCAUUGAUUUACGUUGAUUUUAUUGAUUUUUAUUGAAAAAUGUGCUUUCUUUCACGUCACACGGCUUAGAAAAUAAAGCCACUUUUAUUAGUUUUCAUGGUCCAAUGUACGAUAAAUUAAGAAAUUAAAAGAGUACAACAGAAACAACAAUACAAAGAACAAAUUAAUUUAUCUUUCUGUAUUGACAACAGGCAAAAACAGUAACUGAAAUACUAUUGUUGCGGCUGGGUUCCCUGUUUUCUUGUUUCCCGCCCUUUUAGAUCACGCGAUGAGUUUUUUUGUCGUACGAAAGCACUCGAUAUAUCAUAUUGUAGCGAUUCACACGAAGUAACGACGUUUUAACGCUUGACAACGUAUAUAUAUAUAUAUAUAUAUAUAUAUAUAUAUAUAUCCUUGUUUGUACGGAUUGGUUUGUUUUGUCCAAAUAAAGUGUUAACGCCAGUUUACGAGUGGAUUUGCACCUCACAACUGUACUUACGCGAAAAUAUCCACCUGAUGUAGUCAAAGUGGGCUAACACGAUCAGCUUGAAGAUGGCUAAGCUGGCCUCUUUCACUCCAAACUUUGAAUGCGUUACCGAGUUCUCCCCUGUUCUUGGAAACUGAAAACACUGCCCCUUUCUUUACCUUAAAAGGACACGAUUAUCGAUUUUUAUUGAUCAGCUAAAUUAUUGAUUAGAUUGAUUGAAAUCAGUGAUUGAUUUUCAUUGAUUAUUGUCGUUAGGAACCUGGUUAUACGAAGGAUAGUUUGUUAUUUUCAGAGCAUUGCUACGUGACGUUUCUGUUAUUUCAAACAGAACACCGUUCUCGGGCGAACAACUGAACAGGUCGUUAGACGAAUUCAUGACUAGUUUUGAGAAUCGCCUAAACAAAUUAGUGCGUUAAAAGUGGAUCACGACUUUGAUUUUGCCUUUCUUGAUUACCAUAAUGUUAAGUAACACUUUUAAUUUCUUGGCUUCAACGUAGAGUCUUCCAGCCUAGAAUAUUUUUAUGACACCAUAGAUUUAUGUUUUUUUUUUUGAAAUUUUGAUGCCAUUUACAAUUGCGGCUAUUUGUCAAAUACUACAGACUGAACAUCUCUUUCAUUUUAUGCGCAUUUGAUCAUAUUUACAUGUAUUUUGCGCAAUAUAAAUAUUAAAUCAUCAUUAUUAUUAUUAUUAUUAUUAUUAUUAUGCACAGAAUCUGUACACAAGUUUUGUUGUUUGCUGGUUGAUUGGUGUGAUGGCCUAACUACUUCAUCUUAAUACGUAUUACUAUUUUCUUAGAGGAGUAUUUGUAUCAAUUUUGAAGGUGGAAGUUGAUGGUGGAGUCAAGAUUCCCGUUCACAUUUUGGCCCAGUUGAAAGGGAUGUUUAAGAAGUGCAAUAUUCCCCCAAAGAUGGCCACAAGGAACACGCGUGGACCAUUCCUGUUCAAGUGUUGCCGUGUUGUUUAUAACAAAGAAAAAAACCGAUUGGAGCUUCCCAAAGGAGAGGUAGUUGGCAAAAAUAUUUUCAGAGGUGACGAGGACGACGAGGAAGAUGAGGAAUAUAAAAACUCAGCAGUAAGCCUGGAGGAGGGGGAGGAAACCGAUUUAACAGGUAAAUCGAUAAUUAACAAAUCAAUAUGAUUUUAAAACCACGCCGGACUUUUAAUAGUUAUCUUUUUUAAAUUCGCAUGGAUACAAAUAAGGCCCGGUUCAAACGUCGAACUUUUCAUGUGCCGAACUUAAUACCUAUUUGGGUGGAACCAAAUGAUUAAGUUCGACGGUUGAUUCAGACGUCGAACUUAAUUUUUGGAGUAAGCAAGUACUAUUUUCGCCCCUUUGAAAAUAUGAAAAUGAACUGAUAAAGGGGUAUGAAACGAUUCAUUUUCUUUCCAUUUCGUUUCAGUAGUUAGUUUGAGCAUCUAUAGUCAUCGAGUCGGAAUAGCUUUUUCUGCUAUGUUUCGUUGUUUAUGUUAAAGGAAAUCGCAAUGAUAUUGAGGUACAAAUACGCACCGUGAAUGCUAAAGCAUACAGAUAUAAUGUUAAUGCAUGUUGGAAGUCGACCGUUUUGAGCUGUCCAGUUCCAGCACGUUUUAAAACUCCAUAUCGAGAAAGCUGUUAACAGUCAUCAAGCUUCCGUGCGUUAUCUUCAUGUAUCACAACUCAUCAUACAGCCAAUGCAAUCAUAAGCGAUGUUAUAUUGAAAAAAUAUAUUAAAGUAAUUUAUGCAUUAGGUUCGACAAAUGAGGUUCGACGUCUGAAUCGCUGUGGCACUUUUGCCGUUCUAUUACUUUUUCGACUGGCGCAGUCGAAUAGAACGGCGGGUCGACCCAAAUACAAAUCUGUCGAACCAAAUUGCUUCAUACGUCGAACUUUUCAUAUGUCAAAUCUGAUAAUUAGGUUCUGCACAUGUAAAGUUCGACGUUUGAACUGGGCCGUACUGUAUAUAGAGAAUACUUCAUGGAAAGUGCUUUGUACGGUAUUUACGCACGAGUUGUUGACGUAUCAGAAAUCGAAAGAGUGGGCGCAGCGAACGAGUAAGAUUUCUGAUACGAAAACAACGAGUGCGUAAAUACCGUACAAAGCACUUUCCAUGUGGUAUUGUGUUUAUUAUAUACAUACUGAGACAUUCAUCAUUUUGGUGGCCUUUUUAUUUUAAAUCUUUCAAAAAUGCUAAAAUUUGCCGCUACACACUUACCGCAAAAUGAAAACGAAAACAAUGUAUCAGCUUUUUAGUAAAAACCUUUGUUAAAAACAUAAAUGACGGUAAGGAUAUGAGGUAAUCCAAGAACUAUAAGAAAUCUUAACUGUUUGUUCUCGAUGCACAAUUGAAAAUGAGUGAAUUUAAGUAAAAUGGCCGGUUUCAAUAUAAGCGUAAGCUUAAAUGAAAGGCAAAGUAGCUCCGAUAAAAAGCACAACAAAAGCUUACGUCUCGUUCUGUUUUUCCCUUUCCGCUGUUGUUUCGCCGGCUCUCUACCGUUUUCUUUAUCGACAGUGAACCAAACGAAACUAUUCCACUCCAUUUCCGAAAUGUUUUUCACUUUUUUAGCUAGAAAAACUCUUUGAGUAAAACUUUUCUCUUUGAAUGUGUGCGAAGCGGCGCUGCAAGCUGCAAUAAAAGGCGGGAAUUUUGGCGCGAAACUCACACACCUCUGUGGCUUCUGAUUGAACGUAUCAUUUUUCUCACACGUGAAAAAACAUCGUUCGCGAUUCUGAUUGGACGUAUCAUUUUUUUCACGUGUGAAAACCAUCGUUCGAUCCUCUGAUUGGCUAGAACUAAUUUACGUACGAAAAUUUACGACAUAACUUUUUGGUGAGUAUUUCUCAGUAUGUAUAUAAUAAAACAGACAUCUACAUGCAAAACAUGUCGUGGUACCAAUAAGUCCACGCAAGAGCCAUAAUGGGACUUGGUCCACGCCGUAUCGAUGACUAAUCAAAGGCUUGCCAGAUUACUGCAGGGUAUCAUCUUCCAACACAAACCCUCAUCAACUAGGUUUUGAUAUGUUGCAGAUUUCGAAACGAUUUCUGCUUUAGUGGACAGCCUUUGAUCUUCUCAAAAGGUUCCAUCAACCCUCCUCCCCCCCCCCCGCAACCCUUGUACCACGAUGAGGGUAUGAAUUCCCUGUACGUCCGAGGGUUAAAAUCUAGCGGGGUUUAUAUGCAGCUCUGGGUUGUCUAGUGUUCUUGGUAAUAAAGCCUGCAAAGUCGACUGCUUUAAAGAGAUUCCAAUGGCAAAAGCCAAACUGUCCUACUAUAGUUCGUUUUCAAUAGACUGAUGUACUGUUUUUCUCGGCUUUCUUUACACAAGUUACUGACUCCUGAUACAGAUAAGGGAAUCAACACCAGAUGAGCACACAGGUUUUUCUUUUAUAAUUGAAAAAAGUUGAAAAAAAAAGUGCAUUCUUACUCAAAAAUGGCUUGACCUCCUACUACUUAUGACGUCAUAUCUCGUAAAACAUGGUAGCUGACCAUCACUAAACUUGUUUCAAAAUGCGCGCCAGGGAUAAAAGCGCCAGGUGUUGAUGUUAUAUUGUCUAGGAAAAAAAAUCAAAUCAAAUCGUCUUUCCUAGACGAUUAAACAUCAGCACCUGAUGUACCGCUUUCGGUAGCAGCUCGUUUAUCCUUCGCGCGCAUUUUGAGACAAGUUUAGCGAUGGUCAGUUUCUAUGGUUACGAGAUAUGACGUCACAAGUAGCAGGUGGUCAAGCCAUUUUUGAGUAAAAAUGCAUGUUUUUUCAACUUUUUUCAACAAUAAAAGCAAAACGUGUGGAUGAAAUGAUGCAAAGUAAUUAUUUAUGUGUUAUUUUACAUGUUAAGCGCAAAAAUCAUUAAUUCUCAGUGUUUUUACCUGAUUUUUAAUUCUUUAUAAAAUCCAAGAUGGCGACCAUGUUUGGUGACGGCACAUACCUCCAGUAGCGCCGCCACCCAUAACAUAUACCUCAUCAUGUAGAGAAGAUUAAAGGCUAUCCGCUGAAGGCAAAAUCGUUUCGAAAUAUUGCAACAUAUCAAAAACCCAAGGGAAGGGGCGGGGGGGUCCAUCAUCCCCUUUUACCACGGUGGGGUAUGACGUUGCGUGUACGUCUAAGGAUUAUAACUUGUUGUUGAUUGAGUGUGAUUAAACUAUAGUGCAGAACAAUAGCAGUUUAUUUCAAACCCAACUGAAAAAGCCACGUUUCCAUAUGCAUCGGUGACCUAAAACGUAAAAGUUGAAUUACGAGACACUAAAUCAGAAACCUAAUCAGGGAACUAUCAGGACCGUCGAGUCUGCAAUUAUGACACCGUGUUGUAACUGUCAAAUCUUAGAUGUGGAUAAACCUUUGGCGGGCAAGAAUUAAUACCAAACAACUAUUCUCUAUAUAUCUUAGAUUCUUUCACAAGUGAGGAUAGUGCGAAGCUGGAGGAUAUAAAGAAGUCAGUGUUAAUGCCUACCAAGAACAGAGAGGAGCGUAAAGAACGGGUCAAAAAGUACCUGAAGUGGGUAAGAAUGGAAAGCAAAUAAUAUGUCGCACCAAGAGCUCAUAACCCGGAGAGUAAAACUCCCAUGAGAUAACUUUUCGCAAUGACGUUAUCACAGAUCAAGUUAUCUUUAGCAUUAUUUUGGAGUAAUUUUUCUACGAAAAUGGAAGCACCGCUUUAUAUGUGCAAGUAUAUGAUAUAUGAAAAAAAAAAGAAAAUUAAAUGUCAUAAAAAGCAUCAAAAACGUGUUUUUUUUGGCCUCCUCUUAUUACUGAUUGAUUUUUUUAGACUUUUUUGAUAGUCGAAAAUUGCGGAAAUCGAUCUAAGAAUAAACUAAUGUGUGAAAACGUCGUUUCGUAGGAGGGAGCUCCAGGGUAUGGACCUUCAUGGUCACACACAAAUCAACUUGAGAGAAAGAAAAAUAGGGCAAAAUUCAGAUAUCAGUGAGGAGCCAUUUCAAUAUUUUAUGCAUUAGGUUUAUUUUGACGUUUCAAAAGAAGUCGCUCAGUCGAAGUUCUCAUGAGGGCCACCCUAACUUAAUUCAUGAAUCGGGGACCCAUUUAGAAAUGUCACCUCUUGUUAAUUGAUUCAAACGUCGAUCUUUUAACAAUUUAAUGACUUCAUUGAAGAGAUUAGGUUCGCCGGGUAGAUGAAGAGUUCGACGGGGCUUCUGUACGUACCUUUUUACUAUUACUGACUUAUUACUAUUAUUACUUACUAUUGCAGUUUGUAGAAGCGCUGACAACAGGCCACAAAAGGUUGUGUCUUGAUGAGCCUCUUACUGAUGAAGAUUGCCAGUUUCUUCGAAGCAUUUUUGUGCCCGCCAUUAAGAAUCAGUCAAUUUUGGCUCUCCCAAAAAAUUUUGACGAAGAAAAGAUUCAAGGAUACGCAAUUGUUUUGAAGAUUAUUUCUGGUAAGAUCCUACCUGUUUGCACAAAUAUUUUCUUUACAAUAUUUACUAUUUUGCUAUCCUGGUAAAAUCAGGAUUGAAUUAACAAAUCAAGAGAAGAGUCAUGAUAAUAUAAUAGUUAUUAAAUGAGGCUAAGUAUGAUGUGAAUGAUAUUGAAGAAUUAAUGCAGAUUGAGAUGGGUGUUAUCCAACCCCGGACCUAUGGCCGAGGUAGAUAACAACCUCUGAGAUCUGCAUUAUUGGUCAUUUCAUAUACGAAGCCGAAUUUGAUAAUUGUUUUGCUAUUUUCUUUUCAAAGUAUUUUCUAAGCUCUUUAACAUCCUUACCUCUCCACAGACAUUCUUAAAAACUUUGGUCUAUUUCUCGGCACAGAAAAUAAACAGAAAAUAAAAUAUUUUUAUGAUUGUAAUACUUACGUCUUAUAAAUGUUUACUAGACGAUUUUGUUUAUAAAUAUUACGAGAAUUAUGAUUUUCUCGUUCUUGAUCAGACAAAGGGCCAUCUCGUCACGAAUGUCUAUGUGUCUUUUAAAUGCGCGCUCUAUAAAUAAUAAGGCACUAUUUAUCAAAGACUAUGUAGUUGAUCAUCAAAUUGAAAUCUUGGGGACUACUGAAACUUGGACCAAAUCAGAUGGAGAAUCCAAUCGUGUUGUAAAUGAGCUGAGUCCCCGGGAUAUUCUUUCAUCUAAGUACCGAGAAAAAAACGAUCUGGUGGUGGUAUUAGCCUGUUAUAUAACACAAGCCUGAAAAUCGAAAGGGUUGAUUGUAACAGUUAUGCCUCUUUUGAAUACUUGGAGGUGAAACUGCGUACUGCAUCAAUAGUUGUUAGAAUUGCAGUUGUUUACCGCCCUCCUUCGUCAAAAGUUAAUAACCUUACUUCCGCCCAGUUCUUUCAUGAUUUCAACGAUCUGCUCGAACACUUCUCAUUUUCCUCUGGUAGCCUUUUGAUCAUGGGUGACUUCAAUUUUCAUGUAAACGAACCAUCUCGUGAUCGUCUGGCGGCUAAAUUUCUAGAUUUUUUGGACUCUUAUAACUUGGCCCAGCAUGUUACAGAGCCUACACAUAAGCGUAAGGACACGCUGGACUUGAUAAUUACAAGGGCAAACGAGGAUACUGUUUUGAACUGUAAGGUUGAGGACCCUGACCUAUCUGAUCACUAUGCGGUACACUGCAAGUUGACAUUGGAUAAGCCCACUCCUCGUAGAGUAGAAAAGACCUAUCGAAAACUGCGAAGUGUAGAUAUGGAGGCUUUACGGAGAGAUCUGAGAACUUUACCUGUUUUCACCUCCCCGGCUACAAAUGUAACCGAUUUAUUAGCACAGUAUCAAAAUGAUCUUGAUGGUUUGCCCGAAAUCCAUGCGCCCCUAAAAAGACGUGUGGUCACCUUAAGGCCUUCCACGCCAUGGUGUAAUGAUGAAAUUGCGUCUGCAAAGAUUGAACGGCGUAAACUGGAGAGGCACUGGCGAAAAACUAAACUAACGGUACACCAACAAAUAUACAAAGACAAAUGCAAACAAGUCAGGUCUUUAAUUACAUCGGGAAAGAUGGAGUUUUACUCUGAUUUCAUAAAAGAAAACAAAGGCAAUCACAAGGUGUUGUUUUCCGCCAUUGACCGCAUGUUAAACCUGACACCGGAGAAGUGUUACCCUUCUUGCGAGUCUGCAAAAGAAUUAUGUAACAACUUCGCGGAUUUUUUCUCAAGCAAGAUUGCCACAAUUCGAUCGAAUCUAGACUCUUUGGCACUGCCUGAUAUCCCUUUCCGAUUUUCCCAUUUUGAUAAUCCCUCUAUUCAAUGUGAGUUUAACCAGUUCAAGCCGACUACUGCUGUCGAACUGAGCAAAUUGAUUACUAAAAUGGCUAGGAAGUCGUGCCCUCUAGACCCGAUUCCUUCUAACUUAUUUAAGUUGUGCUUUUCUGAUUUGGUACCAAUCAUAACAAAGAUUGUUAAUUGCUCUUUAGAAAGUGGUGAAGUUCCUCUGCCUAUGAAAAGGGCUAUUUUAUCUCCUCUUCUUAAAAAACCGUCCCUUGACACCGAGCUCUAUCCAAGCUUCAGACCGGUAUCGAACCUCAUGCUUGUGUCCAAGGCGACAGAAAAAGUAGCGGCUACGCAACUCUGGGAAUAUUUAUGUUCAAAUGGAUUAAAUGAGGAACUUCAGUCUGCUUAUAAAGCUAUUCAUAGCUGUGAAACAGCUCUGAUUCGAGUACAGGAUGAUAUCCUCAAAGCCAUCGAUAGUCAUCGCGGUGUUUUGCUUUUGCUAUUGGAUCUUUCUGCAGCCUUUGAUACGGUUGAUCAUGAAAUUCUUCUAGGAAGACUCUCCUCUAGGUUCGGUAUCAAAGGAAAAGCCCUGGACUGGCUACGAUCUUACCUUACAGACCGUACUCAGCUUGUGAAAGUAGACGACGCUUCAUCCACGGUACGACCCCUUCAUUGGGGUGUGCCUCAAGGUUCGGUCCUAGGCCCCAUGCUUUACUUAUUGUAUACAUCUCCACUGGGUGAUAUUGUUCGUGAGCAUGGCUUGUCGUUUCCCUUUUAUGCUGAUAACUCGCAGCUUUAUACAUUUUUGCUUGCAAUGACACCUCUGAUCUAGUGGCUGCAAAACAACGUCCUGAGAACUGCGUUGCUGACAUCAAUUUGUGGAUGACUGCCAACAAGUUAAAGCUUAACAAUGAUAAAUCAGAAUUUCUCUUUCUGCACUCCCGUUUUCGUCAUUCGUUGCCUCCGCCCACGAUUUCUGUUGGCAUGGAAAAUAUCAGGCCCUCUCAACAGGCUCGCAAUCUUGGCGUGAUUUUUGACGACAGAAUGUCACUUUCACCUCGUGUUAAUACAAUAGUUAAGAGUGCCUUCUAUCACAUACGAAAUAUUUCUAAAAUAAGAAAAUACAUCAGUACAAGUACCACAGAAAUUCUAAUUCACAGUUUUGUUAGCUCGAAGUUGAACUUUUGUAAUUCUCUUCUUUUUGGUGCCCAAAAACGGGACAUAGCCAAGUUGCAGUCCGUUCAGAAUGCGGCUGCUCGAAUUAUCGCCGGUCUCAAAAAACGAGAUCACAUCACCGAGACUCUAAGAGAUCUUCACUGGCUUCCUGUUGAGGAGAGAAUUGUUUUUAAAAUAAAUUUAAUAACUUUUAAAACAUUGAAUGGCUCCGGUACCCGAUAUCUUGAAGAUAUUUUAAAAUUUUACAAUCAAGCAAGGACAUUACGGUCAUCAAGGGAUUAUUUACGCCUUGAAGAACCAAAUUUUAACAUGAAAACUUAUGGCCAACGAACGUUUUCCGUUGCUGCCCCCUGACUAUGGAACAAGCUCCCCUUUGAAAUUCGAGCUUGUUCUGAUGUUAAUCUUUUUAAAUCUUAGUUGAAAACGUUUGUUUUUAAAAAGGUAUAUGACAUUUAGUUUCGUCAUAUUUUUUUUUGUUUUUGUUUUUUUCUUUCCUUUUUAAGUUGUGUACAGUAGGGUUAUAUGUAAGCUUGUGCUUAAUGAUAUUCUUAUGUCCUUUUUUACAUUGUAAAGCACUUAGAACAGCGAUGUAUAAGCGCUAUAUAAAUUCCAUUAUUAUUAUUAUUAUUAUUAUUAUUAUUAUAAGUUUAAGUAUAAGAAACUGGUGAUCACCAGACUGAGGAACAUAAAUACGAACAGAAAUAUGGACAUAAUUGCCUUAAAAAAUCUUAAUUCCUCACACACAUCAUAGUUAGUAAAGGAGACUGGUUAUGAAAGCCGGCAAUCAUCAAAGUUGAAAACUACGAUUCUGUAGGAUGGCGCAGUGAUUAAUGCGUAAUGCGAUGUUUCUAUUGGUCAGAAAGUUCAAAAUGAUAGGAAUGCUACUGAACGUUGUGCAAGCUGGUCAGGUCCAAAAAAGCAAACAAAAACUGAUAUAACAGCGGGUUUUAUAACCAUUCCACUUUGAAUUAGUAACUAAAUCUGCGCGUACGGGGUCAGUUUGUCGUUAGAUUAAUUGUUAGCUUAAACUGAAUUGAUUUUGUUAAAAAUAAAUCUAUGUUCCAUCUUGAUUCCAUGCUUUAGACUUGUCCGAGGAAAGCUGGGAUGAAAUAGAGAAAGCUUGGGCUGAGGAGGAAGAGCAUUUGGAAGACAACAAAUGAACUGACUGACAACUGUAAUCACGUUCUCUUAUCUCGAUUCAAGUGUCGGUGUAGGUGUGAUCAGUUUUCGAUAUAUGUUAAAAAAAUAGUUGUCGGUGUUUUGAUUCAAGUGUUCUAUAGUCAGUGUCAGUGAUGCAUUGCUCAGUAAGAUCACUGGAAACACUGAGAAAUAGUUUCAAACGCGCUUUUUGGUAAUUUUGCAACAAAUCCGCUGACAAGCACCAUACGUUCAGUUGUAAUAUGAAUGACUUGAGUGUGUAUAAUAUGUCUUGCAUAAUCUAAAAAAAGUUCGCCUACAGUACGUCCGAAAUAAGCUCUUGAAAAUGUGAGAGGUGCAUUUUAAAAUCUCACACAAUUAUACUACUGCAUGAGAAAUUUCUGCAAUCUUAUUGGCUUAGAGCAGUGGUAUUUCAGCUUAAUUUGAAAUAUCUACAUGUGAAAAUUACAAACCUUUUGCGGGUAGUAGUAUAAACAAAUAAUAGCAUGAUUUGUACGUGAUAUUUGGCAUAACUACCACUCGUGAUAUUUCAAAAUUGUCUAAAUUUCACUUGCCUAACGGCUCGUGAAAUUACGUAUAACAAUUUCGAAAUAUCACUCGUGGUAUUACCUAUACUAACCCGGGUUCACCAUUAAUAAAUAAAUUUAAUAAUUUAAUUCCAUACCAAAAUGACGUGGUGAAAGAGAAGAUAUCAAUCAAGAAUUUUCAUUUCAAAUUACUUGCUAUAAUGAGUACUAGCCAAAUAUAGCUAAGAAAUGUGAGAAAAGUGGAAAUUUAAAGUUGGACCUGAAGCAACUGAAAGAAAACAAAUCAUUAAUUGAGGACUAGUGGACGAUAAUUACUGAUCUCUUUCUUCUUUCCACUUUCAUCAGCCCAUCACCGUUGUGUGUUUCUGCUUUACUACUUGUUUUGUUUGCUUAUUUGUUGUUUCAGUUUCACCCAACUUUAACUUGAAACUGGCUUUGCUUUCACGUGCGCGACCACUUGCUUUAGAUAGGCAAGGCAGACCAAACUGAAGUAGGCUGAAAACAAAUCAGAAGAUGGAAUGUUCGGAUUCCGGAUUCCAGGUACUGGAUUCCAGUAUUUGUAAGUGAAACUUGGAUUCUGGAUUCCGAUUGUCAGUGGGAAUCCGGAUUCCUUGAGCUGUAUUCCAAAUUCCAAAACCCAGGAUUCCGGAUUCCAUACGCAAACUUUUCCUGGAUUCCGGAUUCCACAUGCAAAAAUAUCCCGGAUUCCAUCAAUUAUUUUAUUUUAGUUUCUUAGUACUUAGCAGUCUCCAUAAAAUACAUUAUUUCCGCUGAUCAAGAGAGAAUCCUUCAUUCUCUUGUGCUGAUUAUUCAUUUUCAAGAUAGUUUUGUUGAAGGUACUUAAACCAGUGCCCCGUUAAUUGAAGUGUAGUACAUACCGGGUUUUAUUGUUGC